GCGGUAAGUGCAGCUGAGAGGGGGAAAGUUUUCAUUUGUGUGGUUCACAGUACCGGUUCUCUCCCAUUUCCCUCAGGAGCGGGCGGGCUGGGGCUUUCCGCACCCUCUCCUGGCCGUCCCUGAGGAGGUGGCCAGAGGCUCUCACCGCGACGCCGGCGAUGGCUUCGGGGCAGGCGGAGGCGGCAGCACCGCGGGUGGCUGAGCUGGAGGAAGAGCUGCGAAGUCUGGCGGAGGAGCUGAGCCGCUGCCAGGCAGAUAAAGAAUUUGUGUGGUCUUUGUGGAAACGUCUGCAAGUGUCAAAUCCAGAUCUUACUCAAGCUGUCAGCUUGGUUGUGGAAAGAGAAAAGCAGAAAGCUGAAGUCAAGGACAGAAGGGUUUUGGAGAUUUUGCAAGCCAAAGACAGCAAAAUAGAAACCCUAGAACAGAGACUCACAGGACAGCAGCAGGAGAUAAACAACUUAAUACAGACAAAAAUUGCUGUGGAUGAGGAAAAUGCCCAUUUGAAGAAUGAAUUCAGUAACUUGAACCAGAAAUUUAAAGAUAAAAGCCAAGAACUUAAGGACACUGAGGAGUGUGCACGGAAGAAGGAAGAGCAAAACAGGCUGGUUAUAAAAAACCUGGAGGAGGAAAAUAAGGGAUUAAAUACAUGCUGUGCUGACCUGCUAAAUGACCUGGAGAAACUGAGGAAGCAGGAGGCACAGUGGAAAACAGAAAAAUCUGGCAAUGAUGCUAGAAUAAAGUGUUUGGAAACUGAUUUAGCAGAAGCAAAAGAACAAAUGAAAGAGUUGCGUAGUAUAUGCAGUAACUUGUCAUCUCAGGUGGCCAUGAAACAGGAAGAACUCUCCCAAAAGGAUUGUGAUGUGAACAGAACUAAGAAGGAGUUACAGGAACUGCAGGAUCUUUACAGACAAAAUGUUGAGCAUACCGUACAGCAGGCUGAGCUGAUAAAGCAGCUUCAGGCUCUCAAUACCGAUACACAAAAAGUACUGAAAGAUCAAGAAGAUGCUCACACAGCUGAAACAACAUCAUAUCAAAAACUUUAUAAUGAGUUGACUUCAUGUUUUGAAACUGUUAAAGCAAGUGAAAUUCAACUGCAGCAAAGCUGUGCCUCUCUUCAGGAUCAGUUACUUGGAAAAGAUCAACUGAUUUGUCAGCUACAAGAGCAACUUCAGCAGGCUCAUGAUGAUUUAAAAGCAGCGCAUCAGAACUCUUCUUCAAAAUGUGAAGUACAGGUAUUUCAACAGCCUUCUUUAAGUGAGCUAGAGUGUCUUAUUGCAGUGCAAAAAUCGGAAAUUGAACUUUUACAGGAAAAAUUAAAGAAGGCAAGUCUUAACCUAGCAGAGUGUAAUUUGUAUGCUUCAGAUACUCUGGAAAGCAACAAUAUAAGGACUGGAAGAAAGCGUAAGGAGCCACCUGUGAAACGUUCAAGGUCUCUGUCCCCAAAGAGCUCUUUUAGAGAGUCAGAGGAGCUAAGGAAGCUUAAAAUAGCUGAAAAUAGGAAGAUUGAAAACUUACAGAAGACACUACAGCUAAAGACUCGAGAAACUGAUGAGCUAAGAGCAGCCCAUGAAAAAUGCAAAGAGAGGCUGCAGAUGUUACAGACCAACUACAGAGCACUAAAAGAGCAAUUAAAGCAGUGGGAAGAGGGCGAUAGCAGGAUUGAAAGUGGUAAAAGCAGAUACCAGCAUGCAGACCUGCGUCAGCUUUGUCCAGAGGAUUCUGAUGCUAUGUGGAAUAAACUGGCUUUUUUCAAAAGCGAACACAAAAAGCUGCUGAUUGAAAAACUGAAUCUUGAAGAAGAAUUGGAUCAGCUGAAAGCACAGCGAUCUGUGGAGCCAUUUUAUAAAAUUAGUGCACAUGACGGGGUCAAGAACAGUACUCCAAAGCGGAAUAUGAAAGAAGUUUCACAUCAGAGGUUACAGAAGGUACAACAACUAGAAAGAAGACUCAAAGCUAUUGAAGGGGAAUUAAAGAAACAGAAAGAAUUGAAUAAAGAUUUGCUGAAGGAGAAAAAUUAUUUGAAAGAAUCUGUGAAAGUGCAAAAGGAAGAUGCAGACACAAGGGAAAGAGAGUUGGAAACGCUACAUAAGAGGAUUUGUGAAAUAAAAAAAGACAAAGCAGAACUUCAGUUAGUGAUCGAUGAGCAGGAAAAAGAAGCUACCUCUUGGAGGAGGCAAGUGGCGGAAGCUAACAGGUUGAGAAACGAAAAUGAAGAUUUGCUGAGUCAAGUGCAGGAGCUGAAGUGUUUGCUGGAUGAAGCCAAAGCAGUGGCAACCUCUGGGCAAUGUAAUUGCAAGAUAACAGGCACCAAGGUUAAAUUAAAAACAGCCAAGAAAAAGAGCUCUGUGGGACAUCAUGGAGCUUUUCUCAAACAGUCCAUCAAGGUUAUGAGUAAUGUAUUUGAGAACUUCAGUAAGGACGGCUGGGAGGAUGUGAGUGAAAGCAGUGACACUGAAAUACCAGCUUCUGAAAGUUUGGAAACGCUGAUUAUGAAGACGGUGCAAAACACUGAUCCACUGCCAGACAGAAGUAAACAACAGGGGAAAAAACAAAUACAAGAUAGUCAAAAGCCCUGCAACGUUGUUCAUUUAGAAGGCAAAAAUCAGCAGUAUAAUAAAAAGAGCCAUUCACAGAAUGAAGACCUAGAAAAGUUACAUUUCAAAACGAGGAAGAUCUGCUGUCUGAAAACGUCUUAUCCAUCAAUUCUAAGCAAAGCAAACAGAACAAAAAGGAGAAAUAUCAUUGUCCAGAAACCGGGGCACUCCGUUACUCUCCUUCAGGAAAGAAUUAAGUCAUUGCAGCAGCAGAUAGUUGUUUUACAGAAUGAGAAAAAGACAGCAGUUUCUUCUGUGAAGGGAUUUAAAGAAACCAAUGAAAAACUAACAUCUCAGCUACAUUUGGCAGAUCAGAGACUUCGAACUAGUAAACUGACCAUAGAGGUGUUGACCUCCAACCUGGCCAAAUGGCAACAAGAGAAGGAAGAUUUAGAAGGCAAAUUGAAGUUGAGAGAACAUCUGUCUCAAAAUGCUGGCAAGAAUGAAGCCACCCCAGCUCCUUCAAAGAACAUUGAUUUAGAGAUGAAACAGCUGCAGUGCAAACUGAAGAACUCGAAUAAUGAAAUCACUAAGCAAUCGACCACCAUUAAGUCACUAAAAACUGAAGUCCAGGAAAGAGAAGAACGGAUUCGGGAACUACAAGGGAAGAUUUCUCGAUUGGAGAGGGACCUUAAUAUGAAAAGACACUUGAUAGAAGACUUAAGGUCUCGUGUAAAAGCAAAUCAAGAAAAUGAGAAAACCUCUAAUGAAACAUUAGAAAGUCUUGAGAGAAAGGUAAAGGCGCUGGCUGAAGACUGUUCAAACAAAAAAACUUCCAUUGACUCGCUGAAACAAAGACUUAAUGAAGCUAUGAAAGAGAAGUCUCAGUAUGAGCAGAUGUAUCACAAGGCUAAAGAUGAGUUGGAGCAAAAGGAUCUCAAACUUAGCAAUCUAGAGAGCAAAAUGGUUGAGACUGAAUGUGCCAUGACUGAACUUGAGGCAGCUGCAUCUCAACAACUACAUGGCUUGGCAAAACAAAGUGGACAGGCUUUGGAAUCUGUACAGAAGCAGCUGCUGCUGGCCAAUGACAAAAUAAAAGAGUUCGUGACAUUUGUGAAGACCAUGGAAAUGGUGUUAGGCAAAAAGCAAAUUCAAGUUAAUUUCUUAUUUGAGUUCCAAAUGGAUCAUAAAGCAGUGGAGACAACUCACAACAUCAACAACACAUUUGGCCCAGGAACUGCUAACGAAUGUACAGUGCCAUGGUGGGUCAGGAAGUUUCACAAAGGAACUCAAUGUCAACCGUUCUAUGGUUGUUUGGUAUUUGAAGCAAAUUGGAAAGGUGAAAAAGCUCAAGAAGUGAGUCCCUCAUGAGCUGAUCAAAAAUAAAAGAAAUCAUCGUUUUGAAGUGCCGUUUUCUCUUACUCUACACAACAACAAUGAGCUAUUUAUCAAUUGGACUGUGAUGUGCAACAAAAGGUGGAUUUUAUACUGACAAUGACCAGCUCAGUGACUGGACAGAGAAGACUUCCCAGCGUCAAACUUACACCAAAAAAAGGUCAUGAUCACUGUUUGGUGGUCUGCUGCCAGUCUGAUCCACUACAGCUUUCUGAAUGCAGCAAAACCAUUACAUCUGAGAAAUAAGCUCAGCAAAUUGAUGAGAUGCACCAAAAACUGCAAUGCCUGCAGCCAGCACUGGUCAACAGAAAGGGCCUGAUUCUUCUGUAUGACAACACCCAACUGCAUGUUGCACAACCAACACUUCAAAAGUUGAACAAGUUGGGCUACGAAGUUUUUCCUCAUCCACCAUAUUAAUCUGACCUUUUGCCAACCAACUACCACUCCUUCAAGCAUCUUGACAACUUUUUGCAGGGAAAAUGCUUCCACAACCAGCAGGAUGCAUAAAAUGCUUUCCAAGAGUUCAUAGAAUCCUGAAGCAUGGACUUUUAUGCUACAGGAAUAGAUAACCUUAUUGGCAAAAAUAUGUUGAUUGUAGUGCUCCCUAUUUUGAUUAAUAAAGAUGUGUUUGUGCCUAGUUAUAAUGAUUUAAAAUUCGUGGUCCAAAUCUGCAAUUACUUUUGCACCAACCUAAUAUUAAACCAUAGGAGUAAAGUUAUGUUUCUUAGAAUGGCUUUAUGGAAGAGACUGAAUAAAUCUGAUUUCUUUUCUAGAAGGCAGUACACGUCAUUUGAUAAAGGUUUCCAUUUGUUUUAGUACACUAUUUUUAAAAAUGUCUGACCUAGCACUGAGACUUUCAGAUAAAAAUAUAGGCUGUGCAAUAUCAAUAAUAUGUUAAAUGGAUUAAAAAUGGACUGUGCCUUUGAUCUAAAAAGUAAUAAGUGAAAUUUCAUUUUCACAGAAUUAGAUAUCAAAUCCUGAUAAAAUUUAUCAAUGGCAUUUAUGAAGACUGAUAAAUAGUAACGAAGUAAGGCUGUAAAUAUAAUGUAAGGUAGGCCAAAUAGAACAUUUUUAUUACAGAAGAACACAAACUGCCUGUAAGAGGGACCAGGUGGCUCUGAGAGUAUUUUAGAUGCCUUUUAUAAAGCUACAUGUUUUCAUCUUAUCCAGCUUCCAUCAGCACCAGAAAUUAUCUUUAAAACAUGCAUCAGUUUCUAUAAUUUACCAUUGUUCAAUAUUUUCUAUAACAUGUAUUGCAUGUGUCAGAUCCUCAGGUAGAUCUUGCCAGUUACGUGCAGCACAGCAACCAGAGAAAAAUGUUCUUUAUUAUGCUUGUAGUGCCUGUGACAACACAUGCAGAAAAGGGCCAUUGGAUAGUCUUAAAAAACUAUUAGACUAUUCGACGUCUAUCGAAAAUAGGGUAGAGCAUGCUAAUUUGCUAUGAAUCUGUCCAAAAAGCUGCCUGGUUCUGUAGGUGAAGCAGUGGAACAGGCUGCCCAGGGAGGUGGUGGAGUCACCAUCCCUGGAUGAGUUGAAAAAGCAUUUAGACGAGGUUCUUAGGGACAUGGUUUAGUGCUAGAGUUAGGUUAGGUUAUGGCUGGACUUGAUGAUCCUGAGGGUCUCUUCCAACUGGAAUGAUUCUAUGGUUCUAUGAAUUCUGUUUUUCUGUAUUUCUUUACUUCUUUUUUUUAGGUGACGUAGACUUUGACCAUAUAUUGCUGUUACAGACCCUUGUAAGCUCAAGACUCAUCAGUGUUGUCUGCCCCAUUUAACCUGUGCCUCAGUAGAACUGAUUUUUAAAAGUUAAUUUGCAGUGAUGGCAUCUGCCUGAGCCUGAAAAUAUUAGAACUUUUCUGACCUUGAGGAAGACGUUUUGAAGUUUUGAUAAAGAACCUAUAUUCAACUGCCGCUGUAGUGAAUAGGUGAUGGCAGCUGAAUGCUUCAAAGUCAGCUGAGUGCAUUUCUCACUUGUAUAAUGCCUCUGUGAUUUGGGACUUGUGUGCCCUCCACAGAGGAUACCCAAUGAAGCACAGUUCACAUCUGGUCUGUUCUGGCAUUGUUCUUGAUAGGUCUCCAGUAUAACCAUCUGAUAGAAUUGACUGCCAAAAUCAAGACCCCUGGCAGUUUACUUGGCAAGCUUAGUGGAUCUACUUGGGGAUCCAACACUCCCUCUCUUAAGACAUCUGCCCUCAUUUCUGCUACUCAGAGCAGGGCUUAAGCUAGGUGUAUUUCCCCCUUGCUCUGUUGUUUGACAUACAGCUAUGUGCAGCCAUGCAUGUCAGAGGCUGUAUUCCACUUCUCCUUGGCCAAGUGAUGUUCUGCCAGUCAUUUGCCAUUCAGUCAGCUUAUCUUAUAUCCCAAUAUCUGUCAGUCUCUCUUACCUUUCUGCAGUUUACCUUGAAUCCUGGCAUCAGUUUUGCCAUGGCAUAUUUUCUCACUGCUGUCUUGGGCUGUAGUUUAAUAAGUAGUUUCAGAUAAAUUAACACUUCUGUUAAGAAGUUCCACCUCUGAGUGACCCUCACUGCUCAUUUUUGCCCCUAUGAAACCUCCUCCCUCCUCCAUUUAUGAAAUGUUAUUGUAAACAUUUUGUGGGUCAAUUGUGAGCUAGUGCAUUUUGAAAACCCAGAGCACCGGCUUUUGUGUACCACAGAGGGUCAGAGCAGGGACAGAUUUACGUGGUUGCAGGAUAGAGAUGCUGGGACUGCUCGUUAGUGGCAGUGCUAAUUGUAAAUGUUAUGUGAAACUUCCUCCUCUUACAAAUAAGUCUAAUUAAUAACUUGCCACUUUCAUGUUAAAAAUUCCUAUCAUUUCACAAAUUCCUGGUAUUUACCAUCUUUGUCUUUUUCUCUUGAACUGUUCUGUGUUGGGGGAGAUAGAGCAUUGCUAGGAAACGUGUUCUUCUCAGAACGGCCAUAUGUAGAUGAUGUCCUGUUUGCCCUUUAUCUCAAAAAAAAACCAAAAACAAACCAACAACCAACAAACCCAGAUAAUUAGUAUUUGGAUUGGAAGCAUCAAAUAUUUGGGAAAUACUGUUUUAGUUUUAUCAGCUCCUUUCCUACAAGAGAGCAACACAAAUAGACUGCUACUGCCUGUCCCUCCAGCUACAAAGUGAGUUCUUUGGACAGAAGUAGAUCCUUGCAGGGAACUUUCAGAAUUCUGCAGUUAUGAGAGCAGUCAGAAAUAUUCUUCGUAGGACGUUUCUGUUGGUGAAUGUGUUCUCAAACCCUGUGGAUUCAGUUUCCGUGGCAGUACUACUGCUUUAACUUCUUCCAGGCCCAGGGUAUACAGAACAUGCUUUUAAUGUGAGUACCCAGUUUAGAUGUGGGCUGCCAUUUGAAUGAUCACUUGUUCCUUCAUCUAAAAAUGCUAAGCAUAAUAAACAAUUGUAAAAAUUUAUAAUUGGCAAAAAUGGACCUUUUUUUGGAAAUAGAACUGUAUUUUGCUGUGCAGAUGAAAAUUCAUUUAUUUUGAAAAGUUUACACAGUUUUAUAUGAACCAUGCUAAUUUGGAAGUGUUACAGGACCAAACAAAGGUUUCUUCAGUAGGUCACUGGGACAUGUAUAAAAAACAGCAGAUAGUAUCACUUACAUGAAUCAGCCCUGUCAGUUUUGAUUUGAAAGUGGACACCUUUAAUAUGACUUCAAGUUGCUAGAAAAUAUUCUCCACUGGGAACACUUAAAAGCUAAAAGACAAGUAUAUUUCAUUCACUACACUCUGAAUCGUCACCACUUUAUCUAGAAAAGUAUACCUAAAGUGAUUAUUUUGUGUUGUAUGGAGUAGACGAUGAGUCUGCCAAUCUCUGUUCUGUCAGAAUCAACAUAAUAUUUGGUUGCAAGGAUGUGUCCCAGUCUGAGGAGAAUCAGUAUUCUUGUCUGCAAAAUAUGCACCUUUAAGACGAGAUGUCCUAUAUGCAAAGCAAAAUUUAUGUAGCUGAAAAAAAUCUCACCAUUAAAAAAAAAUCAGGCAUUUAUUGCUUCUUUUUCUCUGUGCAUGCAGCUUUAGCAAAAAGGGAGAAAUACAGCUUUUAUUAUGAAAUACCAACCUUUCUUGGUUCUGAGAAGAAAUUGGUGAUAAAUUAAGCUAAUCUCCAUCAGGAUUACUCUGCAUCUGGGAUUUAGGCAAAUUGAAUCAGAGGCCUGAAUAGUGACAGUGAAUAUCUAUUAGACUGUAAACAGAAUAACAGGCCCUGUGAAUUUUAAUAAAUGAAGUGAAUGGCUGAACUCUUAUAGUUUACAGAAGGCAUAUGGUUAUUGAUGCAUACAAUAUGCCAGGAACAGCAUAUAAUGUAGAUGUCUUAAUGGAUAAAAUCUUGAUUACUAAAAAUGGAGAAUAAAUAGAAAGAUUUUGAAAAGCUUUUCCUUGCUCUUCUUUUUCUUUGCUUUUCAGACUUAGAAGGACAGCUCUUCACUUUGGUUUUUGACUAUGAGGGGUAAAAAUGGUAACUGAUGUAGCUUAAAAUAGGUUGAUUUUUUUAUAUCCCCCUCUGUAUUACAGGUUUAGAGGAAUUCAGUUAAAUGGUUGAACCUAUGUAACCAGAUCGCAAGGUAUCUCAGGUUUCUGUACUGUGCAUGUAUGUCUCAUGCAAAGUUUAGAUGCAUGUGUGCCUCACACAGGCAAUUUUCUUCAUAUUAAUGCUACUUUCAUUUUUCUUACACUGCCUGGGAACCGUUCUCAUAGAUCAUGACUCUCUAAUAGUAGAUACUGUGUGAACAGAUCCAACAAACUAGAGCUGAACUUGAAAUUACAUUCACAAACUUGGAAAUAAUUUCCUUUUCUGACUCAGGAAAAAAAAAUCAAAUUUUUCAGAGAAUGAGAGACUUCAACAGGCUCAGCUGGAAGCUACAUGGAGACUCUGCAGUGCACUCCCAGGAAGGGCGUAGAUCCACCUGUGAUUCCUUUAAAUGGCUUGGAGAAACUGCUUUUUAAAGCUGGUACACAGACCUGUGCCUAAUCUGGAGACUGUUAGAAAGAUGCCAGGUUUAAAGAUAAUGGCCAGGUCAGGUCUGAAAGGUAGAAAUAUUGUUGACUUGAAAAAAGUCUUAACUGGAAGACUGUGCAGACGGACAUACGAGUACAAAGUAUAUAGUAAAGGUUCUGGGCUUGAAGUGGUGGAAAAAUUUUUUGUCAAAAGGACAGGAAAAGUAGCAAAACUUGGAAAGGAGGAGAAAGAUAUCCAGUAAUGAUUUAUUCAGGAGUUCAUGUACAAAUAAUUAUUCAAUGUAAAUUGAUCAGAUUAUGAAGAAAGUAAGCUGAAGCAGAGAGAACAGAAAGUGCCCAUACAUAGAGCUCCAAAGUAUUUUAGAGAGGUGGUAUUUGAGGGGAUUCCCCAGAGGGCAUGACCAAAGAGCUACAGAGAGGUAGGAUGAGCUCUAGCAGGGUGGAAUCAUAAAAAAAACCAAGUGACAGUAUUUUAAGAAAACACAGUUGGUGAGAUUUGUGGAGUUUUUUUAAAGAGUGUAAGGAAUGCCAGAGCUGACCUCUUGAAUUAGAUUUCAAACACGUUUGUUUCAGCAGUGCAGUGGUCUUACACAGAGCAUCUGAUUUAUAGUUUUUAUGCUUUGCCUGUGUUUCUGCAGAAAGAUAGCAUAAGCUCAGACACUGACCUGAGUAUCCAGAAAUCUUUGUGCUCUGCACACCUUGGUUGCUGACCUGCUGUGUGACCUUUGAGUGUUGCUUCACCUCUGUUUUUCUUGGUCUGCCCUGAAUAUUCCUUGUUCGCCAUGUCCAGGAUAACUAUGCUGACUUUGUCUGCCCUAACUGUUCAGAUAAUAAACUCUCCGAGAUCCCAGGCAUCUCUUACUAAACGUGUGUGAAGCUCUUAUCUCUGUCAGUGCCUUUUUCUUUUUUUACUCUGUGUAAAUAACGGUAAUAUACGACGUUUUAAAGGAAUGAUGCUUGUUUUGCUAGCACCUGUGUAAAUCAAAGGUAAUUUUGUUGAAACCGAAGAAUUUACAGCAGGGAAAAAAUUAAUGUAAAUGAGGUAGGGCUUAAAUGCUGAAGUAAAUAGGACUUUAAAUUAUUAUUAUUGCCCAUUUCACAUAAAUAUAAUUUUAGAAACCAAUAUAUUUUGACAGAAAUAUUCUGCCUGUCAUCCCACAAUGAUUAUACAUAUUUCAACUCAUUCUCUGCUAUAAAGAAAACUAUUAUUUUUUUCCCCAUUAUAAGUCACAAAACAUAGUAAUUUUGUUGAAAAUUUCGCAACAGUACAAUGAAAACUAUGGAGUGCUUGCUGAUACUUAAAAAAAAAAGCAUCAGUCUGAAAAUAUUUGGGUUUACAGUUUGAGUUUUUGACAGUCUUAAAGCUUAAUGUACAGGAGAGAUUAAAUAACUGUAAAGAUGUAAUAUUGCUUAUAACCAAGUGUCCCUCAUAUCAGUAAGUAUCUGCUGUAUGUUCUAUGAAUGAGGUGCCCAGCAGCUAAUGCAAUAAGAGGGGCUUAAUUUUACCUAAAGCCAUGUUACAAAGAAUGCUAUGAAUAGAAACAGAUUUUUUAAGACAAGAUUUCAGGCAUAAAUGAAAGUGUGAUAGCUGAACAAUUAUCAAGAGAGGGUUAGAAAAGACAAAGAGAAAAAGCAGUCCAAUAAUACAAAAAGCUGUAAUUUGAAAUCGCAAAGGGUAUUUUAAAACACAUAAUUAUAUUUGUAUGUCAUGUGUUUCUCUACAGAACUAUAAACUACAUUGUAAUUGGCCAGAAUAAGUCCAUUGCUGCAUCUUUAUUUCAAUAUGGUUUGUUUUGAAAGCAAUCUAAAAUUGAAAACUGGCUGUGACUUAACUCACUUUUCUAUUAAUUUGUAAAUAAAUCGAACUGUCUUUUAGGACAUAGCACAAUGUAUUCAAUUUCCUUUUCUUAUAAAUGCCAUAUAGUUUGAAAUAUUUUUAAUAUUCUUCCCUAUGGUUUUCCGCACCUGAAGCUGGUUAAGAAAAUGCAGUCAAAAUAACAUUCUCAAAUUUGUAUUUGAAAAUAAAUGGUUAUAAAGAAAUAAUUUGUUUUAAGUGGUUUUGAUUCAAGAAGGAAUGGUACUUUGGUAAAGGAUGUAGGAUUAUAUUGGUAAAAAAGGUAUUUUGGAGAAAUGUGGUAUUUAAACGGUUGCCAGCCAAGUGCGAUUUUUCUCCCCUCUGUACUCCUAAUGGCAAGCAGGAAUAGCAACUUAAGGCAGCAUAGAAGAACAAAUUCAAGUCUUACCUGUGAAAGGAAUCAGAUUGGCAAAUUUUAUGCAACAUAGUCUCUCAUUUUUUUCAUUGUACCUUAAUAUUCUUCUUCAUUACUGCAUUUUACCUGGUUUGGGGGUCUGCAGUUCUGAAUAACGGGAAGCUGUGUUUUGUGUCCAAAUACUGAAAUUCUGAGGCCUCUUUUAUACUGUGUGACUUAAAGGCUUUGUCAGGAAAGCUGUGUUGGGUUUAGCUUUAGCAGUUGAAAAACAAUACUGUGCAAGUCUGUCUACACUUUUCCAGAUGUUCUUACUAUAAUUGUGUUUGGGAUAUUACUGAAUUCACCUUUUCUAGUUCACAGUCUGACAUCCAUUGCUCAGAGCCAUGCAGAAUGCAAGACUGGGCUAGGAUGCUGGACUGAAGAUGGGACAUGGCUUUUGCCACAAGGAUAGAAGGGGCUGGUAAUAUUUUAAAUGACCUUGCCUGUUAGAACUUCAGUUAUGCUUGUGUGUGUUCAGAUAUGCUCAUGUUAAUGCAUGUGGAAAAUCAGUACUGCAGUACCACAUUAUUUUGUAUGUGCAUACUGGAAUUUCUCCAUCUUUAUGUAAAAUGGAAUUCUUACAGGUCAUCAGGUGAGGCAUUUCUUCAGGCAGUGUGUGCUUUCAUCUUCCACUGAUCUCUGUGAAGUUGUGAGCACUAUUCUCAGUGCCAAUCAACAUAAGAUUGUUUGUUUUAAAUCAUGUAUAUCACAUACCUAGCUUUACAGGAUGUACUUCUCCCUUUCAGCUCUUUAUUGAAUUAGCCUUUGAAACUUUGCAGCUCUGCUAGCUUUUAGAUAAUAUUCACUCGGAUAUUCCCUUGAGUGCGUCUUUGUGUUUUGUUUGAGUUUUAAUGCAUUCUACCGCUUGUUUGUUUACUUUAUUCUUAAUGGAAAAUAUAGUAAAAGCCUAUCUUAAUUCCUCCAAAUAUGUACAGAUAAAUCCAAGAGCUGAGCCACGUAUCUUGAAUGUAUAUGUUCAUAAACUUUAGGACUAAAGCAGAAACUAUGAGCGAAGACAGGUAAAUAAAACCAAUACACCACAUUGUAAAUGUGACCUGUGUGAUGUUGGUAAAAUAGUGUUACUAUUACUUUAUUAUUUGGCAAUAGCAUUCUCAGUCAGUACUGAAUACUGAAUUUGGUGGAAGGUAAGACUGGUCUGUGUCUCCUCUGCACCUUUACGCUCUGCUUUCACGGCAUCUGCUGGAGUCUCUGAAAUCACAUGUGAUCUCUUGGGGUCAUAAGAAUUAAGUUAACCUUCCGAGACUGACUCAUUCCCAUGGGUCACAAUGGCAUGUUAGAGCCGUUGGCCAGAUGAAUCUAUUGCAGUGCUCUGUCUUGUCUUGAUUUCUUGUAUACACCCUUGUCCCUUUUCUGAUCGAAGAAAGUUAUGCCUAGGAGGUGUAUUUUUUCAAGUGAAAGAGCUAGUUUAGGUAACUUAAAUAACAUAUGUAACAAAUUGUAUUACUAUAGAAGAACUUUUCUCUGACAAACAGCAAUAGUGCUGUGAGAUCAGUUUAAACAUUAUUACUAGGAGUAUUUUUGAAGUCAUUUUUAGAGAGGCAGUAAGGACCAAAUAACUGUGCAAGCACUGUGUGCAAGCACUGCUCAGCAAUAGCUGGUGUGUUAUCAGCACGGUUUUAGUCACAAAUCCAAAACACUGCACUGUAGAAGCUACAGCUCCAACCCAGCCAGACCCAGCACCACAUUAUUACUAUGGUACGAAGCACAGUAAAGCUUAAGAUUUUCUGUCACUAAUGUGAUCUAUGGCUUCAUCCGUAAGAUCUGCACCAGUGCAAGACUGAAAUCUAGGUAUACAUAGUUACAGUGCUAGGAUCAGACUUCAGUCGGUCCUGGGGCUAUUUAAUUUUGUUGUGCUACAAACAAUGACAAUAGAAUGUGUAAAUUAACAUCGUAAUCACGAGAAUAAUUUUAGGCAUUGACUUGGUCAUAUGGCACUACUUUGGGGCCAUUGAUCAAUUUGUGUCAAUUCAAGGAUCAACUAGAGUCAGAGCACUUUGGAAUGUAAACACCUUAUUAAUAGUAUGUUGUCAGGGUCUGGGUGUCACCACAGCUUGAGCGUUUAAUUAGAUAUGACCUUCUAAGUGAAAAAAGACCUUUAUGUUUAUACAUCAGAAAACUGGCAAAAGGUAUAGUUCUAGAAAGUGUUUUCAUGCUGAGACCAAAAUGGGAAACUAUUACCUUAAGAAUGAGUAUUUUCAGUUGUGAAAAUAAAGUAAAAAGGCUUAUAAGGGAGAUAUUUUGUAACCAUAUGCAAUGCAGUAGAUGUAAUAUAUACUAUAUAACCAUGUGGAGUUGGUAGGUAAUGCAACAAUUGCUACUGAUUAAAAAGAACUGAGUACUUUAUGCUCAUGUUAUUAGAAUUCUAAGGUUUUGCAAUUGCCCUGGUCUGACAAGAUGUGUUGUAGAGUUACUUUCAGGAAUUAAUCGGGGAUUCCUGUUCUAGUUGACUGGUCCCACAGGAAUAACUGAUGGUAACAUAGAAAUCAGGAAACUGACUUUACUAACAAAAUGCCCACCAGAUUUGACACAAAAGGAAAACAAAGAGAAAAGAUCAAAUCCUGGUAUUGCUAGUACAAAUAAAGGCAUUGUUAGCAUAUAUCAAUACAGUACUAGGGUCAUAUUCUGCCCUGAUUUCAUUGCAGGCAGUUUGUAUCACCUAUGUAUGCGUAUAAGUUUAGAAACAAGCAAUUCUGAAAUACACAGUGGGAAAUGUUUUAGUUUAAAAUCCUACACUUAGCUCCAGAAUGCGUUAGAUCAAUUUCUUAAUCAAAGAAGAUAUUAUACUGCCUCCAGUAUACUCACCAACAAAACCUGUGUAGGUUAACUCUUAGAUUUUUGUCGUUUUCAGUUUGGAAGUGGUUCUUUGUAACUCUGUUAAAGACCAGUGUGGCUUUGAUAUCGAACAUUUCUCUUGUAAAGCCUGAACUGACAUAUAAAUGAAAUCACUAAUAAGUAAGCAAUUUAGCACAUUAAUAUAUUUGUGUAUGACUGAUGAGGAUAUAUCAACUGAAAAAGCAACUUAAAAUCAUAGGGAUGCUAUAAUAUUUUAAGGUACUUUGCCAGCGAAAAACGUAGACCAAAACAUUAUUAUUACAACUUAAUAAUGUGAAGAAGGCAGGAUCAAAAUUAGUUGGAUUCUGGGAAUCUGAUUUGAAAGUAAAAAAGGUAGCCUUAUUUUUCCCGUAUAGUGAAAGCCCGUGCUUUAGUGUAUUAGAAUUGCUCAGGGAAAAAAGGAAUUGAAGUACUAGUCAUCCAUAUGUGUGAUCUACUGUGAUUAUAUAUAACAUUUUUGCUUGCGUAUCAAAAAUCUGUUAAUUGUGAUUUUCCUUUCUUUUUGUUUAAACUGCCUUUUGGGGUUUUUCUUUUUUUUUUUUCCCUUUUUUUUCCUUUUUCUUUUUUUUUUUUUGCAAAUUACUUAUAUAUAAAUUCUCCAGGGUUUUGCUCAUACGUUUCUUUCUGGAACUCUGAACUGAAAGACAGGCAUUCUGUAGUUGCAGUUUCUGGGUUCCACUGUUCCUGUCAGCUUGUUCAUUCAUCAUGAACCUCUUCUUGAGUUUGGAUACAGCAAUAAAAUUUAUCUAACGCUAUCAUAAGAUAAUUGCCUGGCAAUGACUGUAUGUUAUCUGAGACGUUCAAGUGAAACUUUAACUUUGUUUAUUAUCAUGCUUAUAGUUUGUCGGUGCUCGGCUAUUUAUCAUUAUUUGUAGUCUUCCCAUGUGGCUUUAUAGUUAAUUUCCUUGAUAUUUUACACCUUUAAAUUACACUUCCUCUUAGCACCAGUGUACAAAUGUGCAUCUUCUAGACUGCUCACCUGUGUCCGAGAGAGACCUCCUUAUUUUUAACAAUUGGGAAGCUGAUACAGUUUGAUUUAAGAAGUAAAGUCAAGCCUUUUUUUUUUUUUUUUUUUCAUUGUCAAAUACAUCUCCUACAUGUUCUAGGAGCCAGUUUACUGCUGGACUAUUUCCAAUGCUACAAAAACAUGUGAAUUAUCUGUGAUUUUUUUUCAUAGUGGAUACUUUCCUACUUAGGGGUCUCUCCUCUCUUAGUCUAUUUCCUUCUGUGAGCUUGCUCCAAAUUGCCCUAACUCCCUGCCUAUGACAUUUCAACUUCCUUCAUUCAUCUCAGCUCUACAUACAAGAUAUUUUGUUGGAAAUACUGUGGAUGGAGGGACCUACACUUGAACUGGAAAACAAUGAGUUUCAUUGCACGUCCUCCCCUCAAAUUUGUGGUAGACCAAUUUUGGUUUUAAUAAUUCCAUUUUAGCUAAAUACAGAAAAAUGUUAAGUUGCGAAGUCAUAGAAAAAUAAGCAAAUAUCAGAAUGGGAUUAAUCUAUUGUGCUUUCUUUGAAAUAUAUCAGCAAAUGCUCUCUGCUGACUGAAUUUUGAACACACUAGAGGCUUUACAGUAGUUUACCCCAAAUCCCAAUAAACAGCCUUCAUAAUUCUGCAGCCAGUUUCUAUAAGAUGAAGGCAUUCUGCAGAAAAAUAAUUUUCAGGACUUUAUCACCUACUGAUGAGAGAUAGCUUAGUAAGAGGAGCCGCAUGUAUAAUGAUCAAAAUAAAACCUUGUUCUCUCAUUUUAAACUCAGCCAAAUGUCUGUGUUGACAAUUACAGUUUUGCUUGAGUCAUGGAAAUGGAAUACACUUGGAGGAUCUUCUGACAAUGAGUUAAUGCUCUUGUCUCUCAACCAACAACGUUAAAAUAAAAUUGUCUUGCUCUGCUUUUGAUGAAAUGCUUUUGUCAUACCUGCAUAAAUAAUGAAACAAAAUCACUUCAGUUGUACAACCAAUGAUUUAUACUAAUACUUAGUUUCUCUGAACCAAUGAACCUUAGGAAUAGGAGAGGUAGAAACUUGAACCGUCAGGUCUUUGUUGUGCAGUUUGGCGCGUGUUGAGCUGUGGAAGGUAUUAUUCAAGCUCAGAAGUUGUGUGGAGUUGUGGAACAAAAAUCAAAAUCAGGUUUGGAUUCCAUUCAGCUUUCACUCAGGUCAACAAAGUCUUUUCAGCAGAGUGUUUCAUACUGUUUCUUUUAUUCUGGUUUUAAAUAAACAAAGGAGAGUGGUCUCACACGUGCUGGAUUUCUUCUUUCCCGUUAACCACGAGCAGAAUUUUCUGUGUAGUCAUCUGUCUAUUUUUUUACUUUUCCAAGGUUUUUACAUCAGCUUUACUAAAUUUCAGUAAUUUAUUUUUACCACUCCAGAUAGUGGUUCUCCUUUCCUAUCAUUUAAACCUUUCAAACAGUUUUGUUUUAAUAGUAGUAGUCUGUUUUUCUGAAUUUCUUUUAGGCUAUGAGCAUCUUUCUUGCUUAGCUGUGCAUACCACGUUGCAGAAAUGAUCACAGAAAAAUUAGCUUUUAUUAUUAUUGUCUUUGUCAUUAGUAAUAAUAGUAGCAAUAAUAAAGGCAGUUUAAUUAUGCAGCAUUAGCAGCAUCAGGCAUCCUAUCAAGCUCUAGUUCUUGCUUAAAACUAGCUAAAAAUCUUCAACAAUGGAAAUUGGAUCUAAAAUUGAGUUUUCUUUUAGCACCCCUGCUUCAGACCUUGUCAAAGUCUGGGUUAAAGAACAAUUGCAAUGGUUCUGGUCUUGCACCUGAUCUUCCUCCCUCUGCCUGAGCUGGUAUUAAUUUUAAUAUUAUUAGUUAUUGUUAAUGUUAUUAUUUAAAGCACCUACUAUCUGCUAAGAGCAUUCUUGCAGAGAGACUGCCUGGCCUGGCUCGGCCUUCUGUACGGGCCAGCUGCUUAGAGAAUACAGCCCUUCCUAUGCAAGCCUUGAAAAAUAAUGCAGUGGACUUGUGUGCUCCGAGGGCGUGCUGUGUAUCAGCAACAGAUAACCAGUACUGUGAUGAUGCAGAUUGCAGAAAUUAUAUCGGGAAGAAUAAGUAGCCAGGACAGUUUUGAAUUACCCUGUCCUGAUGGGAACCAAAAUUUCAGGUGUUGCAUGAAGAGGUAUAGCGGUGUAUCUUCAUGCAGUGAGGCAUGAAUAAGCUUUAAAAAUACAUCUGACCACAGGAGAGCCUGACACUUCAGUUGUUAUUUCAAUAAUGUUUCUGGUAGACUGGAUCAGGAAAGGAUUUUUAAUUGAUUCUGCAGAAGCUGCUUUUUCUCACUACUGAUGGCAUUAUGGAUAAAGCUAUUUUGCUGAAGUCAUAAAAAAAAUGUACCUGUAUUUCGCAAAAUUUUCUAGUUUAAUGUAUUAAUUCCGAUUUUGUGUUCGAAAUACCAUGUUAUUUAAUAGUAGAGGAUGUAUCCUAUUGAACCAGUUACACAGAGUGAAGAUAGUUCCCGUCUAAAGGAGCUUAUUCUAAGUGAUACUGUGAUAGUGUUUGCACUUUAAGAAAAAUUGCAACCGAGUAU